AUGGAUGCUCUGUCGUGGGAUGGAACCCUCACGUCACGUGACUUUCUUGUUUCUGCACGUGCUUUUGCCGAGAAAUGGAAGGAAUUCAACUCUGCCUUCUCUCCAUGGACGUGGGUUCCUUGUCCUCCUAAACAACCACCUUGCCAUCUCCCUCAGUUGUUGCAGCAGGGCUACUUGUCACUGGAGAAGAUAUGCCUUCCUGGGUCAAGCAAGAAAGGACACGUGGCUUCUCAGGAAGAUGUUGAUGAAAUAAGUCUUACUGAGGGAGAAGAGGAGCUUGAGCCUGUUGAUAAUGCCACACUGGUUGAGACCAACAACAGUCUACAAGUAUGUUACUAUGAUUUCCAUAUAGUGUACAGCGAUUCGUAUCGAGUUCCGGUACUGUAUUUUCGCGGUUACUACAUCGAUGGUCAGCCUUUGGCAUUGGAUGAAAUUGAAAAAGACCUACCUGCAUGCUCAGCAAAGGUGUUACUGGAAUCAAAAUGGACAUUUAUAACUCAGGAGGAGCAACCUUACCUGAACAGACCAUGGUACAAGUUGCAUCCAUGCGGUACCAGUGAGUGGAUGAAGCUGCUUUUCCUCGGCGAUGAUUUUCGGGCUAAAAAUGGAGUAGCAGUUGAACAAUAUUUGGUGUCUUGGCUCUCAGUUGUUGGUCAAGUGGUUGGUAUUAGAAUCCCUUUUGAAAUGCUGAACAAUCCUAAAAGUUGUAAUUGA